GAAGAUAACAGAGUAGCGGGUGCUAAUUCUUCAAGAUUCACAAGUCACCCUUUUGUGCUUUUGGAUUGGCUUCACUCAUUCAUCCUCUUUCAACAAAAUUGGAGGUUUUGUUUUUUGAGUUUGUGGGGAGUUGGAUGUUGAUGCUUGUUUACUGUUGUGUUGUUUAGUGGAAGUAGGUUUUCCAGCUUUUGAUGCUGAGAAUUGACAGCUCAAGUUCUGUUUUUGAUGAACUGGGGAUUGGAUAUUGGUUCAAGUUUCAGUUUUUCUAUAUGUAAUCAGAGGUUGCUGUGAACCUACAAAGAGUGUUUUGAUUCAUUGGUUCGAAGUUUGGCGUAAUGGGAGUAUCUGGUUAUUGGGUAUUGAGAAUUGAGGGAAAGAGAAGAGUGUGUGUUGUGGUAUUAAGUUAAGGCUUUCAUUGUCAGAAGGGAGAGCCGAUAUGGAUUUGUGGGUUGUUGCAGCAGCUGCCGGUGCUGGAUAUUUGACCAAGUAUUGGCAGAAGCUUUCGAGGGAGAGGGAUAAGGAUGGCUUGUUACAUUUUUCUUUUGGGGAUGCAAAUCUUGAGAAAUCUGAGUCCCCAACUUCUUCAUUCCGCAGACACGGGGAUAGAAAACCAGUUCUGGGUGAGAGAGUAGCCGAUAUUAACAUAUGGGGAGGUGUUUCUGACACCGAAGUGGCUUCUACUAGUGGGUAUGAUGGUGAGAAGCUGGCAAGCCUGGUCAGUUACCAACAUUGCAAUCUACUUUCUCUAUCAAAUAUAUCACCAGUGGACCAAGCAAACAGUAAUGAUCUUGAUGACAAUACUGGUGGCGUGGUACCCAAAUCUUCCAAUGGAGAAAAGGGUUCUUUUCAUGUUCCUCUGAGGAACAGAAGGUCUUUAAGAACUGAACACUCACACGGGCAUAUUGUUAAGCCUCUUAAUUCCUUAGAAAGUUGUCUGAUGGCUCAAUUAUAUAAAGAGCAUGCUGAAUCAAGUGUGCUUACCCUUCCUUCACCAUCCGCUCCAAGUAUGAGACCAUUGAUUGUGAGUGAUGGAAGCCGUAUAAUUAGCAGGGCUAAUGGUGACCAUUUCAGUGCUGAGAUUGGAAUUGAGGAAAAUAAGCUGCAUAUGGAAGACCGUUUAAAAGCAAAUGAAAAUGCCUCCGGGAUUCCUCCACUACCAAAACUUGGUUCUCUGGAUCUCCCAAAGAAGAUGAAAAUAGAGACAGCGAAGGGGCAGACUGAAAGAUCCAGCAGUUCCAGUCACAUGGCCAGCGGAAAACACUUGCAUAUUCAAGGUUCACCAGAUGGAGCAGUUCUACUCUGUCUUGGGGUUUCUAUUGGUGUAAUAUCUUCUUUCAUUGCAAAUAGAAAGGAAGUUGACAAGUUGAAAAACGUAUUGAAGCAGACAGAGAGCUUGGUUGAAGAUCUGCAGGAGGAACUGGAAAUGAAAGACUCAUAUGAUGGUAGAGGUUCGUAUGAGCAGAAAGCUGAGGAGAGUUCAGAGUCAAUGAGGAAAAUAGAGGCAGAGCUUGAAGCUGAACUUGAGAUGUUGGGGUUGAACAUGAAUACUUCUACUUUGGAGAGAAGAUUAACGGAUCUUGAUGAGCUUGACCCAGACUUGAUGGCAGAUUUUGCUCAAGGCGAAUUAAGAGCUGAAAUGGUUGGUGGGCACACUGUUGCCCAGACGAAGUCAGAAGAGAAUGCAAGCAGCACCUCUACUGCCCAUCACUAUGGAAACUAUGCAGUUUCUCCUAGAGAGCUUAGUUUGCGUCUGCAUGAAGUUAUCCAAUCAAGACUGGAGGAACGUAUCCAGGAGCUUGAGGCAGCACUACAGAGCAGCCAGAAGGAGGACCGCAUUGCAGAAUCAGAGCAUAAGGAUUGUUCGAGGGAUUUGACAAAGAAUUGUGUGCAGUCCACAGUCCAAGAAAGUACUAAUUCCAGAGAACAAAGCCAAACCAUCAUAGAGCCCAUAGUCAUGAUGUCCGUAUUGUGGAAUCAGAGCAGCCAGGAGGUCCGUGUUGUGGAAUCAGACCAUAAGGAUUGUUCGGGGGAUUUCUCAAACAGUUGUGUGCAGUCCACAGUCCAAGAAAGUAGUAAUUCCAAAGACCAAAGCCAAACCAUCAUAGAGCCUCUAGUCAUGAAUUUAGCAGGGGAAGCUCUAGAUGCGUACAAUGAGGCUUAUGAAGAGUUGAUGAAGCUCAGUGAUUCAGAAGAGGAGGAUUCACCUUGUCAAGUUAUUGGAACAUUCAGAGAUCAAAUGCACAAACAAAGUUUUGAUGUUAAUGGCUCCAUUGUGCAUUUUGCCUUAGAGGAAGAGCAAUGGUUGGGGGACGAGCACAUUUCCAGGUUUGAUUAUCCUGUCAGUGAGGAUGAGAAUAGCCAUUCUGAUGAUGAGAUGGAGAAACAACUAAUACAGCAAAUUGUGGAGAAGACCAAGAAAGGUUCUCCCGUAGUCCUGAAUGCGCAGAAGUGGUUGUUUUCGACGAAUGAUUAUGACAUCUGA